AAUUAUAAAUUUCUUUCAUAGUUUCUAACUAAUAAACAUCCACUACAAAACUCCAGUCUUAUAUCAUAUCUUGUUGAUUAACUGGUUGAUUAGUGUUUUGGGUAUCUUUUAAUUAGAAUAAAAUUUUAGAAUUAAUUUGUUAAUUUAUAUUAUCUCUCGUGCUUAUCUUAUUUCCUCCUUAUCAUGAAGUUAUCUACAUCGGUUGCCCUUUCUAUUUUAGGGGCCUUAAGUGUUCAAGGUUUAGUUAUCCCAUCUGUUGGUGAUAUUAUUGACGUGUUUGCUCUUGAUGUUAAAAAAGUUAAUGAACAUGAUGAUCAACAAGUUGCUAAGGUUGAUGCUAUUCCUGUUAAUUCUGCUCCUGCUCCAAUUCUCGUGGAUAAAGUGGCUGGUACUACUAAAGAUGAAGCUCCUUUCUUUACUUUAGCUCAAAAUAUUAUUCCUCAUAGAUAUAUUAUCGUAUUAAAGGAAGGAGUUUCUAAAGAUGAAUUAGAUUUCCAUAAAGAAUGGGUUGCUUUAACUCAUACUAAUUCACUUUCUGAUUUAAAUAAAGAUCAUGAAUUUUUCGUAUCUACUAAAGAUUUUAAAGCUGAAGGUGGUAUUGUUGAUAGUUUCCAUAUUGAAAACUUAUUUUCUGGUUAUACUGGUUACUUUUUAGAAUCAACUAUUGAAUUAAUUCGUAAAAAUCCUUUAGUUCAAUUUGUUGAACAAGAUUCUAUUGUUAAUGCUUCAGAAUUUGAAAUUGAAAAGGGCGCACCAUGGGGUUUAGCAAGAGUUUCUCAUAGACAACCUUUAAGUUUAAAUUCAUUUAAUCAAUAUCUUUAUGAUAAUGAAGCUGGUAAAGGUGUUACAUCUUAUGUUAUUGAUACUGGUAUUAAUGUUGAUCAUGUUGAAUUUAAUGGUAGAGCUAAAUGGGGUUCAACUAUUCCUUAUGGUGAUCAAGAUAUUGAUGGUAAUGGUCAUGGUACUCAUUGUGCUGGUACUAUUGCUUCUGAUGCUUAUGGUGUUGCUAAAGGUGCUGAAGUUGUUGCUGUUAAAGUUUUAAGAUCUAAUGGUUCUGGUUCAAUGUCUGAUGUUGUUAAAGGUGUUGAAUUUGCUGCUCAAUCUCAUACUGCUGCUGCUAAGGCUAAUAAAAAGGGAUUUAAAGGUUCAACUGCUAAUAUGUCAUUAGGUGGUGGUAAAUCUCCUGCUUUAGAUUUAGCUGUUAAUGCUGCUGUUAAGGCAGGUAUUCAUUUUGCUGUUGCUGCUGGUAAUGAAAAUCAAGAUGCAUGUAAUACCUCUCCAGCUGCUGCUGAAAAUGCUAUUACUGUUGGUGCUUCAACUAUUUCUGAUGUUAGAGCUUAUUUCUCUAAUUAUGGUAAGUGUGUUGAUAUUUUUGCUCCAGGUUUAAAUAUUUUAUCUACUUAUAUUGGAUCUACUACAUCAACUGCUACUUUAUCAGGUACUUCUAUGGCAUCUCCUCAUAUUGCCGGUUUAUUAUCUUAUUUCCUUUCUUUACAACCAGGUGCAGAAUCUGAAUAUUUUGUUGCUUCUAAUGGAGUUUCUCCAGAACAAUUAAAGAAGAAUUUAAUUGCUUAUGGUUCUAAAGGAGUUUUAGGUGAUAUUCCAGAUGAUGGAACUCCAAAUAUUUUAGCUUUCAAUGGUGCUGGACACAAUUUAACUGAAUUCUGGGCUCCAGGUUCUAAAGCCGAACAGGUCUCAAUCAAGAAAGGUAAACAUGGUAGAAAACAUAAAUCUAUUGAAAAGAAAAUUGCUCACUUAUUAGAAGAUGUUGAUGCUCCAACUGUUCUUGAAGAAGUUAAAGCAUUAGUUGAUGCUGCUUACAAUAAGGUUCACAAUUAAGUAUUGGAUAAAUUAAUUAAUUCAUUUACUUAAUUACCCAUUUCUUUCAUUAUUCCGGUUUGAUUUUCAUUUCUUUUUAUUCCUGUGCUUUUGGCCGCCUCAUUCUCUUUAUAUAGCUCUAUGUAGUUUUUUAUUCCUUAUGUUUUAUCAUUUGUUAAAUCAGCAUUACAUCAUUUUAUAGUAACAAUAAAUUGAGUUUAU